UGUGCAAGUUGCGUCGCCAUGCUGAUCUAUCGCUGAGAAGAAAGUUCUGGAAAGAAAGAAAUUUUUUACAAGUAAUUUAAAUUAGUUACCUUUCGUAUUUUUCUCAUUAAAAACGCUCUUCUUGUUUACUUUUUAAAUUUGAACGAAAUUUAAAGGAGUUUGAUUUCUAUAACCGAGGGGGUCAAAUGGCGACAGGAGCAAACGCGACCCCACUAGGGAAACUGCAUCCGAGUAUCGGUGCGAAACGCGGUUUUGAAGCAGGACCUGGCGCCGGAAUGAUGGCUCCUCCGGUACCUCCAGUUCCCUAUCCACCACCACCGCCUUUCCAGCAACCACCACUACCUCCGCCAGUUGGUUUUUCAACCGGGCAUCAGUAUCCGCCACCAUCGGGAGGCAGCUAUCAGCCGCCACUGCAGCAACAACAAGGAAUUGGGGGCUCCGCGCAGGGUGUAGCUGGAGAUUACAAUCAGAAAAAAUCAAGAAAAAGAAGCCGCUGGAGCAGUGAAACUCCAGAUCAGAAAACGGUGAUUCCUGGAAUGCCUACAGUAAUUCCACCAGGGCUCACUCGUGAACAAGAGCGAGCAUAUAUAGUCCAACUGCAGAUUGAAGACCUGACUCGUAAACUGCGUACAGGAGACCUGGGAAUCCCUCCUAACCCUGAGGACAGAUCUCCGUCUCCUGAACCUAUCUACAACAGUGAAGGGAAAAGGUUGAAUACACGUGAAUAUCGUACUCGGAAAAAGCUGGAAGAAGAAAGGCACAUGCUUAUUCAGGAGAUGGUUGGUCUCAACCCAGAUUUUAAGCCACCUGCUGACUACAAACCUCCUGCAACUAGAGUGAGUGACAAAGUAAUGAUCCCUCAAGAUGAGUAUCCUGAGAUCAAUUUUGUGGGUUUGCUGAUUGGGCCAAGAGGAAACACCCUGAAAAACAUUGAGAAAGAGUGUAGUGCUAAAAUCAUGAUACGGGGGAAAGGUUCUGUGAAGGAGGGCAAAGUAGGCCGGAAGGAUGGGCAAAUGCUACCUGGUGAAGAUGAGCCACUCCAUGCACUUGUAACUGCAAACACCAUGGAGAAUGUGAAGAAGGCUGUUGAGCAGAUCCGAAACAUUCUGAAGCAGGGGAUUGAGACACCAGAGGAUCAGAAUGACCUAAGAAAAAUGCAGCUUCGUGAGCUUGCCCGUCUCAAUGGCACAUUACGAGAGGAUGACAACAGAAUUCUAAGACCCUGGCAAAGCUCUGAGCCCCGCAGCAUCACAAACACUACAGUCUGUACAAAAUGUGGAGGAGCAGGUCACAUCUCUUCAGACUGCAAGUUUACCAGCUCAUUUUCAACCAGACCUGGUGAUCCGCAGUCUGCCCAAGAUAAAGCAAGAAUGGAUAAAGAAUAUCUUUCUCUAAUGGCUGAACUUGGAGAGGCUCCAGUUCCAUCCUCUACUGGAGGUCCCACUAAUUCACAUCCUCUGCCUAGUGGACCUAGAGGAUCUGGACCUGGCAACAAUCAAUCACCAGCGAAUCGCCCUCCUUGGAUAAGCUCAGGACCAUCAGACAGCAGACCUUUCCCAGGAAUGCAUGGUGGUCCUGGUGGACAUCACAGUUACCCACCCCCAAUGCCUAACAUGGGAGGCCCGCCCAUGCCCCCUAACCCAAAUGGACCACCACCACCAUGGAUGCAACCACCUCCUCCUCCGAUGAACCAGGCUCCAGGUCCACAUGGGCACCCGCAUAUGAGUAUGCUUCCACCACCCAUGGGAAUGAUGCCUCCUCCGCCACCUCCACCAAGUAGUCAGCCACCUCCACCUCCAUCUGCACCUCUUCCUCCAUGGCAGCAACAGCAAGCGCCACCUCCACCUCCAACCAGCAGCAUGACGACCACUACUCAGAUGCCCUGGCAACAAAACACAGUCACAACCUCCUCUCCAGGAUCUGGCAGUCUCCCCCCUUGGCAGCAGCAACAACAGCAACAGACUGCAUCAACAGCUAGUAGCACAGCCCAGCCACCACCUCCAAUGGGAAAUCCGUCUCUGGUGCCUCCCCCACCGGGUGUGCAACCACCAUUACCUCCUGGUGCUCCUCCACCACCUCCUCCUCCUCCACCAGGAUCAGCAGGAAUGAUGUAUGCACCUCCACCACCGCCUCCACCAAUGGAUCCUUCCAACUUUGUCACAAUGAUGGGCAUGAGUGUACCAGGGAUGCCACCAUUUGGUAUGCCCCCUGCUCCACCCCCACCUCCACCUCAAAGUUAGAAUAUUUAAUAAAAUAUACUUUUUAAAACUAGUGCUUCUCAUGUACAGUUGUAAGAUCCAGUUGUGACUGUGUAAUCACUUUCUUUUUCAUUAUCAUAUUGUUUCCAAAAUCUGGGUUUUUACAAAGGGCAUUUUGUUCAGUUAAUGAAAGUGUAAAGAAUAGCACUGUAAUUGAACGUUUAGGUUAUAAUUAAGGACUCAAAUUCAGCAGUUUGGGAGUAAAACAUUUAACCAGCUUAACAGUGAAUACUGUAUACCCCCUGCUCAAUUCCACAAAUGUGUAAUUAGUAAUAGUAUUCUAGUCUAACAUGUUAAAAUGGUUCUGUUUUUGUUGAAUGGGAACAAGAGACUUUACUGAAUGUUCCUUCUCCCAGUCAUUUUGUUUUGUUUUUUUUCUCCAUAAACCAAGUGUUACCUUAUGAAUACAUAGAAACACAAUCAUAAUGGACUUUUUCUGCUUGUUUGAAAAUGAUUUGGAGUGUACAUUGCUUUGUGGGGUGGCUCAAAACACAGUAUUCGUAGUGUGUUCCUGGCAUUUCUCAAAAAAGCAUAUCUCUCAAGCUGAGAGCCAGAUUUCUUUUUAAAAUUUUGUUCAGAUGUGAAGUUUUAUGAUUGGAGAUAAACUUUGAUUACAUUUGUACAACAGAAUACUAAAUUGGUACUGAGAAGUGUUAUCAACAUAUUCAAAAAUGCUUGUGGUCUGAUUUACAGACUUCAGAAUUCACGGCUUCAAUGAAUGUCGUCUUUGAAGUCAUUUGUGUGUGUAAGUAAAAAUACUAUAAAAAGUUGAAUCUACAGACAUCAGUUCCAUCAUUUGGGCUGUAUGAAUUUCGGUUGCGUUUGUGCCUUUGGGCAAACUUUACAUAUGUAUUUAUAGUGCAUUACAUAUUUGUGGACUUUUUUAGCAAUUGUAUAUACUGUCCUUGAAUUAUUCAGUGAUUAUACUCGUCCUCUGCCGUGGCACAAGUGCCUGAAGAAUUCAGAGAAUUAUGAACAUCUUUUGGUUGAGGAAAUCUAUCGAUUUUCGUCUGCAUUGUUGUAGUCUAAAUGUUAGUUCAGCUAACUUUAUAUUCUGCAGUUUCUAGAACAAUACUGUCAUUUAAUCGUCCUAAAGCCUGGUUUAUGUUGACAGAUCUUACUUACUUUGUACAGCUCAUGACAUCAUUCCGGUCAUAGCAUCGGGUAUAGUUACUUACUGGAAAUUGCUUUUUGCUUUGAAUUAUGGUUAAAGAUGUGUUGGCUUUUUUAUUUGAUAACUGCCUGUUCUUUGUUAGUUUUUCCUUUGUCAUGAUUGUUUUAUCAUUGUGUCCAUGAAAAAAUAAAGGGGCAAAAAGUUGGCAAUGGAA